UCAUGCGUACGUGUGCCACCAGCGUGGAGAGGAACUCAAGGGUCACAACGUCCCUCCCUCCCCCUGGAGAGAGCGACCCGUGGAAGAAUCUUUGCUUUUGUUUGACAGGAUGAGAAAGGGCAUGUUUGCAGAGGGAGAAGUCACUCUCAGAAUGAAGAUGGUGAUGGAAGAUGGAAAAAUGGACCCUGUGGCGUACCGGAUCAAAUACACGCCACACCACAGGACAGGAGACACUUGGUGUAUAUACCCCACGUAUGAUUACACACACUGUCUGUGUGACUCCAUUGAGAACAUCACACACUCACUGUGCACCAAAGAGUUUCAGUCCAGGUAUGUCACUCAACAUUAAUGCAUUUUAUUUUA